CUAUGUUUAGUAAACAGCAAAAAAGAUUAAUAAAUUCAUAAUUUCUCACUUCCUCCGUCUCAAAAAAUAAUUCAGCAAGCAGGCGUACCCUUUUUCUCUCUCUCACAUGUUCAUUCGGUGAUAAUCUUUAGAAAAUAAAAAAAAUUCCAGAUACAUUCAUCCAGACAUAUAUCCGUAUCCAAAUAUUUGUAUAUAUCUUCUUCUAUAUCUAUAUACAAAUACUUGGAAUUUACACACCCAAAUAUAGUAGUUUUAUAUGGGUCUCUCGUGAUCUGUGCGUGACUUUCUUGGUGGGUUUGGUGUUUACUUCAAUUAUUGAUCAUACCCAUCUUCCAAGAUCGAUUUUUUUACAUUAUAAAAGAUUCAUCUUUAACACUAAGAGUGUGUUUCAAGACUCCAGAUUCUAGGGCUUCUUCCAACUGUUUGUUUGUUUAUAUGGAGUGAAGUUUUGUGGAGUGUUGAUUGGAGAAAUUGCAGGUUAAAAAGCUGCUGCCUUUUGGGUCUUUUGACAAACAGAAGAAUUUGUAAUAGUAAAGGUUUGACUUUUGAAUUUGUCAACAAAUCAAUGGAGAACUACCUGUGACAUCAAUGGAUCCCCAAGCUUUUAUCAGAUUAUCGAUAGGUUCAUUGGGAUUACGGUAUCCAGAAAAGCCCGGAAUCCAUGUUCUUUCAUCACCAUGUACAUGCGAGAUUCGUCUUCGCGGUUUCCCAGCUCAAAUCGCAUCAAUCCCACUUUUAUCGUCACCCGAAGCCACACCAGACGCUCACAACAUCGCCUCAAGUUUCUAUCUCGAAAAGUCAGAUUUAAAAGCGUUACUUGCACCCGGGUGUUUCUAUACUCCUCAAGCAUGUUUAGAGGUGGUUGUGUUCACGGGUCGGAAGGGGUCCCACUGCGGGGUUGGGGUCAAACGCCAGCAGGUUGGGACGUUUAAAUUGGAUGUGGGUCCGGAAUGGGCUGAAGGAAAACCGGUGAUUCUUUUCAGUGGGUGGAUAGGUAUCGGGAAGAUGAAACAAGAAACGCGAAAGUUUGUUGCUGAGCUUCACUUACGGGUCAAGUUGGACCCUGACCCGCGAUAUGUUUUUCAGUUUGAAGAUGAAACGAAAUUGAGUCCUCAGAUUGUUCAGAUUCAAGGGAAUAUUAAGCAGCCGAUUUUCAGCUGCAAGUUUAGUCAAGAUAGGGUACCGCAGGCAGACCCAUUGAAUAACUACUGGUCAACUUCAGGUGACGGUUUAGACCAAGAAACCGAGAGAAGAGAAAGGAAGGGUUGGAAAGUCAAAAUACACGAUCUAUCAGGUUCAGCUGUGGCGGCAGCAUUUAUGACCACCCCUUUUGUCCCUUCAACCGGUUGUGACUACGUCGCGCGGUCAAACCCCGGCUCAUGGUUAAUAGUCCGACCCGAUGCUUUCCGACCCGAAAGCUGGCUUCCAUGGGGUAAACUCGAGGCUUGGCGUGAACGUGGCGGCACAAAAGACUCCAUUUUCAUCCGUUUCCAUCUUUUAUCCGACGGGCAAGAUGGCGGGGAGCUGUUAAUGUCGGAAAUCCUCAUAAAUGCGGAAAGAGGUGGCGAGUUUUUUAUAGAUACAGACCGCCAGGCGACCUCUAACUCGAACAUCCCGAGCCCACAGAGCAGCGGUGACUUUGCUGGGCUAAGUCCAGCUGCAGGCGGGUUCGUGAUGAGCUGUAGGGUUCAAGGAGAAGGGAAGAGGGGGAAGCCCAUGGUUCAACUUGCAAUGAGACAUGUGACCUGUGUGGAGGAUGCAGCUAUCUUCAUGGCGCUAGCCGUUGCAGUUGAUUUAAGCAUCGAGGCUUGUAAACUAUUUAGAAGACGGAUCAGGAGGGGAAGCCGCCAUUCAUGGUGAAGUUAAAAAGAAGGUUGAAAUUUAUGUUUCAAUGGGAUUAAAGAAGCUUACUAUAGUGUUCUUGUGUUUUACCCUCCUGAUUGUUGUAUGACAUAUACUAAUUCUAAACAUUUCGCCUGAUUAAUAUAAAAUCUGAGGCGCGGGUAAAGGUUUUAGUUGGUUC